AUGAUUAAAGUGCUGUUUUUGACCUGCUGCGUCGUGAGCUUGGCGUUUGCGAACCCCUUGUCAAAUCCUCUUUUCAAUCCACGCAACCGUAUUGUAGGAGGAACUGAAGUUGAAAUCGAAGACUUUCCCUAUCAAAUUGCCUUGCUUGCAUGGGGCGGUCAAAUCUGUGGCGGCGCAAUUGUAAACGAAGACACAAUUAUCACAGCUGCUCAUUGCUCGCAAUAUGGAGUCAGCUCAUACAGCAUUCGUGCAGGUUCAAAAUCGCAAUACACAGGAGGUAUUGUCAUUGAUGUUUCAAAUGUCUUCAUUCAUGAACGAUACAGUUCAUCUACUUUCGACAAUGACGUUGCCAUCAUGAAGCUCUCCAAACCAUUGACCUUUUCGUCACAAAUUCAACCUAUCAGAUUGGCACAAAAGGGAUACGUUAUUCCCGAUGGUACGUAUGUCACCGUUAGCGGAUGGGGAGAUAUUGCAUCUGGCGCUGGACAAUACCCUGAGUUCUUGCGUGCUGUAGAUGUACCUGUUGUGAAUCAAAAGGUUUGUGAUGCCGCAUAUGGUGGCAUUACCGAACGCAUGAUUUGCGCCGGCAUCAAGAGCAAAGAUUCGUGUCAAGGAGACUCUGGCGGUCCAUUGGUAUACAAUGGUUACCAUAUUGGCGUCGUUUCUUUCGGAUAUGGAUGCGCCUUCGAAGGUUAUCCAGGAGUAUAUUCACGCACUUCCGAAUUGCGUGAAUUCAUCGAUAAACAUACGUAAAUAAAAAGAUAUAUUUUGUUAUCGAAAAAUUGUGUUAUGUCUUCUUCUUUAUCAAUGGGCUUUUCCGAGGGCAUCUUAUCUUAUCACAUCAAUUAACAGGAUUAACGUAUCCGUUAG